AUGCUCGACUCCGGCGACCUGCGCUCGGCCUCCCGCGACAAGGGCGUGUCCGUGUUGGCCGCAUUGGUGUCCUCCGAAGCUAGGCGAGCGCGCACCCAUCUCCACGAGGAAGUCGAGCGCGCACCGCCCCGCGCUCCUCAUUCAGGGUCGCUGGCCCCCACACCGUGCAGCGGGCCUCUUCCUCUCCAGCAUCUCGCCGCCGGCCGCAUCCGGGAUGGCCUCGUCCUCCUGCUGCUAGCUGUGCUGGCUGUAGCUUGGACUGGAGCAGAAAAAUUGCAUCGAGGUAGCAGGUGGAUGAUGGUGCUAGUGCCUUUCUCUUGAAGUGUUGCUAGUGAUGGCUGCAAUUUGAAAGUGUUUUCUCUCUC